UCUCUGCCCGGCUUUGAUCUCUGCUUAACAACAGUAACGUCACACGGACUACAGGGGAGUUUUGUUGAAGUUGCAAAGUCCUGGAGCCUCCAGAGGGCUGUCGGCGCAGUAGCCGCGAGCAGCAGAGUCCGCGCGCUCCGGCGAGGGGCAGAAGAGCGCGAGGGAGCGCGGGGCAGCAGGAGCGAGAGCCGAGCGCGGACGCAGCCGGAACCCACAGCCCUCCCCAGCUGCCCAGGCAGAGCCCCAGCCAUGGAACACCAGCUCCUGUGCUGCGAAGUGGAGGCCAUCCGCCGCGCCUACCCCGAUGCCAACCUCCUCAACGACCGGGUGCUGCGGGCCAUGCUGAAGGCGGAGGAGACCUGCGCACCCUCCGUGUCCUACUUCAAAUGUGUGCAGAAGGAGGUCCUGCCGUCCAUGCGGAAGAUCGUGGCCACCUGGAUGCUGGAGGUCUGCGAGGAGCAGAAGUGCGAGGAGGAGGUCUUCCCGCUGGCCAUGAACUACCUGGACCGCUUCCUGUCGCUGGAGCCAGUGAAAAAGAGCCGCCUGCAGCUGCUGGGGGCCACCUGCAUGUUCGUGGCCUCUAAGAUGAAGGAGACCAUCCCCCUGACGGCCGAGAAGCUGUGCAUCUACACCGACAACUCCAUCCAGCCCGAGGAGCUGCUGCAAAUGGAGCUGCUCCUGGUGAACAAGCUCAAGUGGAACCUGGCCGCCAUGACCCCGCACGAUUUCAUCGAACACUUCCUCUCCAAAAUGCCAGAGGCGGAGGAGAACAAACAGAUCAUCCGCAAACACGCGCAGACCUUCGUUGCCCUCUGCGCUACAGAUGUCAAGUUCAUUUCCAAUCCGCCCUCCAUGGUGGCGGCGGGGAGCGUGGUGGCCGCAGUGCAAGGCCUGAACCUGGGGAGCCCCAACCACUUCCUGUCCUACUACCGCCUCACGUGCUUCCUCUCCAGAGUGAUCAAGUGUGACCCGGACUGCCUCCGGGCCUGCCAGGAGCAAAUCGAAGGCCUGCUGGAGUCCAGCCUGCGCCAGGCCCAGCAGAACCAGGACCCCAAGGCCUCUGAGGAGGAGGAAGAGGAGGAGGAGGAGGUGGACCUGGCCUGCACACCCACCGACGUGCGGGACGUGGACAUCUGAGGGCGCCAGGAAGGCGGGCGCCCCGCCACCCCGGCGAGGGUGGCGCCGGCCCCAGGUGCUCCCCGACAGCCCCUCCUCUCCGGGGCGCUUUGAUACCAGAAGGGAAAGCUUCAUUCUCCUUGUUGUCGGUUUUUUUUCCUUUGCUCUUUCUCCCUUCCAUCUCUGACUUAAGCAGAAGAAAAAGAUUACCCAAAAACUGUCUUUAAAAGAGAGAGAGAAAAAAUAGUAUUCGCGUAACCCUGAGCGGCGGGGGACAGGAGAGUUGUGCUACAGAAAUAGAGGACUGUAUACCCCAGUAAUCAACUAGUUUCUAUAUUAAUGUGCUUGUUUCUCUGUUGUACGCGUAGGCAUUAACACAAAGGAGGGGUCUCGGGAGAGGAUUAGGUUCGAUUCUUUGCGUGUUAAAAAAAAAAAGCAUAAAAACAUUUUUAAAAAAAUAGAAAAAUUCAGCAAACCAUUUGUAAAGUAGAAGAGGGUUUUAGGUAGAAAAGGUAUUCUCGUGCUUGUCCUGCGGAGCACAGCUGUAGUGCGGUUGUAGGCCUCUCUGUACCUUGCUUGCUCAUCUGCAUGUAGUCACUUUAUAAGUCAUUGUAUGUUAUUAUAUUCCGUAGGUAGAUGUAUAACCUCUUCACCUUAUCCAUGGCUGAAGUCACCUCUUGGUCACAGUAGCGUAGCGUGCCUGUGUGUGUGUCCUUUGUGCCUGUGGCCACCACCACAGUGGAGGUUUGUCAGGCACCAGCCAGCAUGGCGGGGUCGGGAACGGCCACCUGUCCCACUCCUACGAUACGCUACUGGAAAGAGAAGACGAAAUAGUGACAUAAUAUAUUCUAUUUUUAUACUCUUCCUGUUUUUGUAGUGACCUGUUUAUGAGAUGCUGGUUUUCUACCCCGCGGCCCUGCAGCCAGCUGACGUCCAGGUUCAAUCCACAGCUACUUGGUGGUUUGCUUUCUUCUCCGUAUUCUAAAACCAUUCCAUUUCCAAGCACUUUCAGUCCAGCAGGUAUAGGAAAUAGCGCUGUUUUUGUGUGUGCGGAGGGAGAGCAGGUUUCUAAUGGAAUGGUUUGGGAUAUCCGUGUACUUGUGUGUGAGUAGGAUGUGCGGCCACCGUGGUGGCAGCGGAGGUGAGUUUUUGGGAGGCUGCGUACCAGUCAGGAAGAAAAAGGUUUGCAUUCUCACAUCGCCAGGAUGACAAGUUCCUUUCCUUUUUUUUUUUUUUUUUUCUCUUAAGUUGAAGUUUAGGAAUCCUUUGGUGCCAACUGGUGUUUGAAAGUAGGGACCUCAGAGGUUUACCUAGAGAGCAGGUGGUCUAAGGUUAUCUGAGAUGUUUCACACCGGAAGGCUUUUAAACACUAAAAUAUAUAAUUUAUAGUUAAGGCUAAAAAAGUAUAUUUAUUGCAGAGGAUGUUGAUAAGGCCAGUAUGAUUUAUAAAGUAAUGCAAUCUCCCCUUGAUGUAGACACACACACACACACACACACACACACACACACCCUUCUGCCUUUGAUGUUGCAGGUAUAGUACAGUGUGUUUUAAAGCUGGGUCCUUUUAUAGGUGAGAAAAACAAUCUGGAGGAAGACCGCACACAGACAUUAACUCAGCCUGUUUGGCAUUUCCCACAGUCACAAGGAAAAGUCGGGUACUUGCCAUAAGUCCAGUUCCUAGAUGUUCUUACCCCUUGCCCCUUCCUUUAAAAAAAAACUUAGCGACAAAAUAGACAAUUUGCACAUCUUGGCUAUGGAAUUCUUGUAAUUUUUAUUUAGGAAGUGUUGAAGGGAGGUGGCCAGAGGGUGGAGGCUGAUGUGUGAGGGAAGGUGGGCGGGAGGAGUGAGGAGGAGGCUCCCGACGGGACGGGCGGUGCCCACGCCAGGGACAGGCUGCAGCUCCUGGGGGGAUGGGGCGGUGCCCACGCCAGGGACAGGCUGCAGCUGCGUUUUCUUUCUGCGCUGCUACCGUUGACGUCCAGGCACGGUUUGGACACACUCACAUCGCUUCUCUGUAUCUCUUUCACAUUGUUUGCUGCUACUGGAGGGUCAGUUUUUUGUUUGACAAUGUCAUAUACUGCCGUGUACUAGUUUUAAUUUUCUCUUAGAACACUGUAUUACGGAUGCCUUUUUUGUAGUUUUUUUUUUUUAUGUGAUCAGUUUUGACUUAAUGUGAUUACUGCUCUAUUCCAAAAAGGUUCCUUUUCACAAUACCUCAUGCUUCACUUAGCCAUGGUGGACCCAGCUGGUAGGCUCCGUCUGUUUCGGCUCACAGACAUGCGGGCGCGAUCCUGCACCGGCGUCCCCGGGGCCCAGGCUGUGUCCAUCUUCUCUUCCUGCGCCUGUGAUACUGGGCUCUUACCGGAUCGUAGCGUCCUGGUAGUUUUCACAGCUGUGUCAUUCUUUGCGUGUAGCUAUGGACGUUGCAUAAUUAUUAUAUUAUUAUAACAAGUGUGUCUUACGUGCCGCCACGGUGCUGCGCCCGUAGGACUCUGCUUCGGGAUGAUUGGAAUAGCUUCUGGAAUUUGUUCAAGUUUUGGGUGUGUUUAAUCUGUUAUGUACUAGUGUUCUGUUCGUUAUUGUUUUGUUAAUUACAGCAUAGUGCUGAUUUAAAGAGACUCCAAAUCUCAAUGAAGCCAGCUCACAGUGCUGUGUGCCCGAGUCACCUAGCAAGCUGCCGAACCAAAAGAAUUUGCACCCUCCCCCCACCAGGCCUGCAUGGCUGGAGCCCUGCCCUGGCAGGGUCAUCCUGUGCUCCGAGGCCAUCGCGAGCACAGGCCCAUCCUGCCCCACCCCUCCGGAACACGGCUCACGCUUACCUCAACCAUCCUGGCUGCGGCGUCUAUCUGAACCACGCAGGGCCCUUGAGGGACACUUAGUCCGUCGUGACGGGGCGAGGGCACGAGUCCUAGAUGUGUGUGUCGAGAGGCCAAAGGCUGGUGGCAGGUGCAUGGGGCACCGCAGAGUCUGUCCUGUGACGCACACGUCUGAGGGUCUGGGCGGCGGGCGGCUGGGUCUGUUUCUGGUUGCACCGUGGCGCUUCCCAGCACCCACAUGUAACCGGCAUGUUUCCAGCACAAGACAAAAGACAAACAUGAAAGUCUAGAAAUAAAACUGGUAAAACCCCA